AUGGCGCUCAACGCGAGUUUCGUCUCGCCCACGGCUGAUGCAAAAGUCGCCCACAUCAUCACCCAGUUCGACACGGCCGGUCUGCUCUCCACCGUCUUCAAUGGCCUCACUUUCUGGAAGGCGGCGCUCGCGCUGCUGGUGGGCGCUGUUCUCUACGAUCAGUUCAUGUACAUCUGGCAGAAGGGCUCCAUCGUGGGACCUGCCCUGAAGACGCCGUUCAUGGGCCCAUUCCUCGACUCGGUCAACCCCAGCUUCACAAAGUACCACGAGAAAUGGUCGUCUGGCGCGCUGAGCUGCGUCUCCGUCUUCCACAAGUUCGUCGUCAUCGCCUCGACGCGCGAAAUGGCCCGCAAGAUCUUCAACUCGCCCGCGUUCGCCAAGCCCUGCGUCGUCGAUGCCGCCUACAAGCUCCUGCGCCCGGAGAACUGGGUCUUCCUCGACGGCAAGGCCCACGUCGACUACCGCAAGGGCCUCAACGGCCUCUUCACCCGCCAGGCGCUCGAGCAGUACCUCCCCGGCCAGGAGGAAAUCUACAACGAGUACUACAAGCGCUUCAUCGAGCUCUCCCAGGUCCAGCACAAGGGCGAGCACAUCCCCUUCAUGCAGGAGUUCCGCCUCUUGAUCACCGCCAUCAGCUGCAGGACCUUUGUCGGCCACUACUGCUCCGAGGAGGCCGUCAAGAAGAUUGCCGACGACUACUACCUCAUCACCGCUGCCCUCGAGCUCGUCAACUUCCCCAUCAUCCUGCCCUUCACCAAGAGCUGGUACGGCAAGAAGUGCGCCGACAUGGUCCUGGACGAGUUCUCCAAGUGUGCUGCCAAGGCAAAGGUCCGCAUGGCCGCCGGUGGUAAGAAGGAGUGCAUCCUCGACUUCUGGGUCGCCAACAUGAUCGAGUCGGAGAAUUACCGCAAGGCCGUCGAGAAGGGCGAGAAGGUCGAGAAGCCCUCCAUGCUCAUCCGCUGGUUCACCGACCUUGAAAUCUCCAUGACUCUUUUCACCUUCCUCUUCGCCUCCCAGGACGCCACCUCCUCCGCCGCCACCUGGCUGUUCCAAAUCAUGGCCGACCGUCCCGAGUACCUCGACAAGGUCCGCCAAGAGAACAUUGACGCCCGCAACGGCGACAUCCACGCCGAGAUCUCGCUCGACGCGCUUGAGAAGCUGCCCUGGACCCGUGCAGUCGUCAAGGAGGUCCUUCGCUACCGCCCUCCCGUAAUCAUGGUUCCCUACCUCGCCAAGAAGGACUUCCCCCUCACUCCUGAAUAUACCGUUCCCAAGGGCUCCAUGGUCAUCCCGACCACCUACAUGGCCCUGCAUGACGAAGAGGCUUACCCUAACCCCGACUCGUACGAGCCCGAGCGCUGGAUCACCGGUACUGCGGAUCAGCAGACCAAGAACUGGCUCGUGUUCGGUACCGGGCCACAUUACUGCUUGGGCCAGACAUACGCGCAGGCCAACCUGAUGCUCAUGAUCGGCAAGGCUAGUAUGAUGCUUGACUGGAACCACAAGGUUACCGAUCUGAGCGAGGAGAUCAAGGUGUUCGCCACCAUCUUCCCUAUGGACGACUGCCUUCUUACCUUCAAGGAGCGAACAGCGGCAUAA